AUGACCCCCAGAUCAUUCCUCCCCCAGGUAGUCGGACUCUUCUACGCCACCUUCGACCCCAGCCUCGGCCCCAUCGUCCAGUACCAGGUCCCGGAGAACCUCAUCGUCGACAGCACUUCAGAAGAGUCCCGCUCGAGGUCCCACUCUCGUUCUCGCUCCCGCUCCCGCCCCGCCUCCAAUCCCGACCAUUACCCCUCCGCAUCCCACUCUCCGCUAGGCAAGUAUCGCUCACGCGCCCUCCUCAACUUUGUGCCCCUGUCCGAGUAUGUCAUACCCAAGAAAUCCCUCCACGGGCGGCUCGUGACACUUCUCACCUCGGGCCUCGACGACAAUGCGGAUCAGGCUGAAUACAGGAUCAUGGGGUUUCCCAAUGUCAUGACUGCGCCCGAGGAGGGCACGUAUACGAGGAAUGAGUACAUGUGGAACCUGUGUUUUGUGUUUCACGCGAGCAGCUCGCUGGAAGCGUUCGAGCCGAUCGUGAGAAAGUGUGCGAGGAUUCUAAGAAGCGCAGAGCGAGACUCUUCGUACUUGUCGAAGCCGUCUAGCAGCCAUACCGCACUACCCGCAGUCCUUGAACAGCUCUUUGAAGAUCUCAACUCGUAUUCAGAAACGAGUAUUCCUCUGGACGGCUUCAACUCGCUGGAACUCAAGCUCUUUCCUUUCUACCCAAACCCGCCGGACUGUGAAGAUUGGCAUGUUCCUAUAGCCUUGGUCGAUUUGAAUGCCCACAAGGACGAUAAUUGGGACAUUACUGCCGCCCGCGUAUGCCAGUUCAUAGACGGUGUCAACCAUGUCAAGAAGAUUGCCGAAUUAGCAGACGCCGACGAGGCUCUCACAAGAGAGAUCUUCCGGCACAUGCUAUACUACCAAGUCGUCAUGAUGGUCGACAUCUUCCAAUACUCCAACAUGUACACUCUGAAACCCGUCAUCUCCCGCCUCGCCGCCGACGAGACCAUCAUCUCUGAAUGCGCAAGCUACGUCACCCGCCGUGGCUUUCCCCGCCCAGAAUGGCCCAUCCUCCUCCACCUCUACUCCAAACUCCAGCCCGGCAUCACCGUCCACGACUGGAUCGAAGCGCACGAAGUGCUCUCCUUGGGCAUAGAUCCCAGGCGGUUCGUGUCUUUUGGAAUCAUCAAGGGGUUCUUGAGGCGGGUGAAUCGGUGGGCAAAGUUGGUUGAGAGGAGGGAGCCAUUGAUACAGGUGCCAGAGCAGAGAAAGAGGGUGGGAUUUGAUGAGUCUGCAAGGGCGAACUCAAGCGGGUUCCAUCGGGAGAGGCCGCAGACGUACUUGAACCACAGUACUCUUGGUGCCAACGAGUCUGCCCUGUCUCUCAAGAACCCGGGCGAAUCGACAUUUACGCUACGAUCCGUCGGGUCCAACGCGUCCCUAGGCGUAUCGCCCUCGUCAAUGGCAAACUUUACCCCUCCAUCUAUCCAUAAUCGCUCUCCUCGACGAGGCCCGUUUGGUGCAGCCUCUACAGCGGGCACAAACAGCACCCACACCGUGCACCCCCGCUCCCACGCCUCGCACGCCGACUCCCAGACCCCCUCCCACCACUCCAUAUCCUCCCGCCGCGCCAUCGGCGGCAGUACAACCAACACCACCCUCACCACGUCCAACACUGCUUCCGGCGGGCUUCACCCAGGCGGCAGCGGCUUCAAUUUCCGGUACGGCAUGUCCACCCGGCAGAGGGAAGAAGCGCAUGCGAUCAAGCAGGCUGAAGAGCUUGAGGAGGAUUUGAUCAUGUUUUUGGAUGGGAGUCAUCAUGCGGAUGAGAUACAGGUGAAAUUUGGGUGGAGUUGGGGGCAGUUGGAAAAGAUCUUGGGGUUGGAUGAGGUUGAGGAUGGGAUGGGGAGGAAGGGGAUAACGGUGGUGUAUCGAUAG